AUGGCUCGAGGGGCAGGGAUCGGAGGCGAGGGUGCCGGCCGGCGAUAUGUAAAGACGGCACACAAGGUUGGCUUUGCCUUUGGAGCGGUGCCGUCUGCGCUGACGGCGACGAUCAUCGGAUUCUUUUUUGCCCCGUUCUUGCUCGAGACUGCCCUGCUCUCGCCGCAGCAGGUCGCUGCGAUUCUGCUCAUCGGUCGGUGCUGGGACGCCGUGACCGACCCGUCGGCGGGCUUCCUGGUGGCGCGGACGUCGAGCCGGUUUGGCCGGCUGCGGGUGUGGAUCGCCGCUGCGAUCUUUCCGGCAGCCAUCUCGUAUGGCCUGCUCUGGCUGACUCUUCCCGAAUGGUCGCCGGCGGCGCGGUUUGCCUACUACACUGGCGUCUACUGCACCUACCAGAUGCUGUUCACCGCGUACUAUGUCCCGUACACCUCGCUCACUAUGCAGAUCUCGCCGAUCUCGGCUGAACGUGACGCUGUGACUGCGGUCCGCAUGAUUGCCGAAAUCCUGGCGGUCCUCAUCGGCGUCGGCGGGCAGGGCUUCAUGGUCGCCGACUCAGACGCUGCCGACGGGUACCGGCUCGCUGGUCUGGUGAACGGAUGCUUGGCGGUAGUCUCUGGCCUCAUUCUCCUCAUCACCGUCCCGCAGCUUGGCGCGGCGUACGAGGUCACCGACGACCGGUGUGCCCACCUCUCACUCCUGGCCGGCCUCCGGGUCUCGAUCUCGUUCAGGCCGUACUUUGUGCUGACCAUGAUCUUUCUCUGUGCGUGGAUCUCGGUCCUCCUCGUCCAGACCAACAUCCUGCUGUACAUCAAGUAUGCGCUCGACAUUGAGGGCCACUUUCAGUUUAUUCUCAUCACUCUCCUGUUCACAGCCUCGGCUUCGAUGCCGGUGUGGGCCUGGCUCUCAGGCCGGCGCGGGCGGAAGCCCACGUUUGUGGCGGGCGUCAUUUGCUUUGCGCUCCCGCUCCUCUCGCUCUUCAUCAUGCCUGUCCGCCAACCGAUCCCCAUGUACUUUGUGGCUUCCAUUGCAGGCGUCGGCUUUGGCGCAGCAUACUACGUUCCGUGGUCGAUGCUCCCGGACGUGCUCGACGAGUACGAGUUUGGCUCGGGCAUCACCCUUGCGGCCUCUACUUACGUCCUCUCGCUUGGCGGCUACCGCAAUCCGCCAUCCAAGGCUGAGAAGGAGGCCUUUGGCUGGCCCGACGACGUGGACCAGCCGUCGUCGCUCGACUUGACCCUCCGCUGCCUCGUCUCGUUCGCGCCUGCUCUCUUUCUCUCAACAUCGCUCAUCUUUCUCUACAUCUACCCUAUUUCCGAGUCGCAGCGCAAGGCUAACAAGGCUGCCCUCCUCGCUGCCGCUGCAAAUCGGCCUGUUGUCGCUCUUCGCGACGACGUCCCCCUCCUCUCCGGCCGCGGCGUGUGAUCUCUGCUCAUGUCGAGCGUGGUGACGAGUAUACAGCUCUUGCACGUCGUGGAAUCAGCGACUCUAGAUCCACACAUUGAACACAAUUGUAG